AUGCGAGGUUUAACGUACUUAAGGCGUGCGUUCGUAAUUUCGCCUCUCUAUACAUUGGUUUUUGUAUUAUCAUGGUUUGGUCUGGGUGUAUCGCCGAUACCAUUUUUACCACUUUUUAACCUUCCACUGAUAUUUCUUCUGGUCCGUACUUCGCCUCUUGACAUUAACUUAUGGCUGUUCGUCACAAUUGCACUGGGUGCAACCUUCGCAUAUAAAGAACCAACAAACUCACCCAUGGGCAGUAGCAACUUUGAUAAUACUAUUGUGUUAUUAUUGAUUGGUAGUUUGAUUUCAUUUUUCACCAUGCUUCCCAUGGUUACAUCAAAAUUUGUCAUUAAAUACGCCAACCGAAAAGUUGGUUUUUUUAAUAAGAAUUAUACUUUUAAGUUGUUUAUAUUCCCUGUUAUUUGGACCUUAACCUGGUCGUCAUUUCGUCGCUGGUUCCCAAUUGUUUCGGUGGGCUCUUGGGGUGACUGGGCGUACACCAUUAACAAUGCCGGUUAUUCAGGAGAUUCAAUAAUGCAGAUCACGAGUAUUGGCGGCUUAAGUGCAGUCAACUUCAUUUUAGCUCUUAUGUCCCAAGUCGCGGUCGAUUUUUUGAUCUAUAGGCACGGAAUGAAUAAUGUGCAUAAGAGGAUAGGAAAUUUAAUAGACGAAGAGGCGCCAUUAAUUCCCAAUAAUGUUAAUAGGGAUCGAAAUCAUAUAAUAGAGAAACAAUUCUUCCAAAAUUAUUAUUUACGAUUGUUUUUAGUAUUUGGUGGAUUAGCACUGCUCAUCUGGGGUAAUACGCGUCUGUACGAUAUUGAGGAUAACUCCGAUCCAAUAAAAACCAUCAAAGUGGGAUGCGUCCUUCCAACAAAAGGUGCUGAUAUGAAAUCAAUGAUUCACCAGUCUGCCAUCUUAGCAACACAAUCUUCAAAGAUUGUUCUUUGGGGAGAGUCCGCCUUAGAUCUUCGGCGCGAGGAAUUAGAAAUGUUAUUGGAAUUGGCAAGUGAAGAAACCAAAAAACAUAAAUACUUCCUAGGAUUGACUUAUUUUAUGCCCUCGGAAAGAAGUGACAAAAAAAAGAAUAUGUUUACUUUAAUUGGCCCUGAUGGAGAGAAGAUAUUUGAUUAUCAAAAAACACAUCCGGUUCCGUUAGCAGAGUCACGUACAGUUGAAAGCGGACCAGGAGGUCAGCUACCUAUUGCGAAUAUCGCGAUGCCCAAACAAAAAAAUCAGACGCAACUUUCGUUAAACGUAUCGGCGGCAAUAUGCUUAGACAUGGAUUUCCCCGAACUCAUUAAUACUGCUUCACCGGUAAACUUAUUUUUACAACCUGCCCAAACAUGGCGAUCACAUAUUGGUCUCCAACAUCUGCGAAUGGCCUCUGUUCGUGCCAUCGAAAAUGGUUUUUGGGUUCUUCGAUGCGAUGGCGGUGGCGCAAGUGGUUUGAUAGAUCCUUUGGGUAGGAUCCGUAACGUCCAAGUAUCUUCAAGAGCCGAUCGUUAUCAACUAUUAAAUUGGGAUCUACCAUUGUCCGAUGAAAAAAUUCACACAGUAUACGCUUCGUGGGGAGAAUAUACGGUUUGGGGGGGUUUGUUUGUGUUAUUUUUAUCAAAACUAUGCAAGCCAUUGAUUUGGAAAAAUGGGCCGAUAUUCAUGGAAGAGGAAUGGCAGAAGGGAGUUGAAAUGUGGACCAAUGCAAAAGGUUGGAUUGACAGAAAAUAUGAAGACACGUUUAGGCAUGUAGAACAUGAAGAAUACUUGGAUGUCG